AUGAGGUCCAUUUUGAUCCUCUCCCUCCUCAGCUGCUUCUUUGCAGCUUAUGAGGCCAAAAUCUUCUCCAAGUGUGAGCUGGCCCAUUUGCUGAAAGCCGCAGGAAUGGAUGGCUACUAUGGCUACAGCCUGGAAGACUGGGUCUGCCUGGCUCAGUAUGAGAGCAACUUCAACACCCGGGCCUAUAAUGGAGAUAAUGCCAAUGGAAGUAGUGACUAUGGGCUCUUCCAGCUGAACAACAAGUGGUGGUGCAAAGACAGCAAGCAUUCCUCAGCAAAUGCCUGCAACACGUUAUGCACCAAAUUUAUGGAUGAUAACAUCAGUGAUGACAUCUCCUGUGCCAAGAGGGUUGUGAAAGAUCCUAAUGGGAUGUCUGCCUGGGUGGCCUGGGUAAAACACUGCAAAGGCAAGGAUUUGUCCACAUACCUGGCCAGCUGUAAGGUGUGAGACUAUCCUUGAAUAUGGCUCCUGAAAAAGAUGGCCCAGAAGGCAAAGUAAUUCCUCAAGAUUAUUGGAAGCUC